AUGAAAAAACUUGCAGACUUUUCUUCCAACUACACAAAAUUGGAAAGAUUGAUACCAUACACUUGUGCUUUGUUGAAUGACCAAGCUCCUCUCGUUAAAUCAAAAGCGAUAGACACACUCACAUAUAUUUUGACCAAGAUCACCGCAUUCCCUCCAAGCGACUCUAAUUUAUUUAAUGACUACAUUCUUCCUGCUUUGAAAAUUAUUUGUACUGACAAAUCUGAUUUAGUGAGAGUGACAUUUGCUGAAAAUUUGCCAUUGCUUGCCUAUCAAGCAAGAAGAUUUUUAGAAAUGAGUCAAAUAAUUAACCAAAAUAUCAAUAAUCAAGUCAUGAUAAAAGGAACAUAUGACAGUGAGCUAAACUCCUUGCAAGACGAGAUUGGAUCACGAGUUUUGGAACUCUCAAUGGAUCAAUGUACAGUUGUGAAACGAUCUCUUCUGAAGAAUAUUACACCUUUAUGUAUUUUUUAUGGACGAAGAAAAACCAACGACUUUGUAUUGCCAAUGGUGAUUACUUUCCUCAAUUCACGACAAUGGAGAUUGAGACAUGCAUUCUUUGAACAAAUUGUUGGCAUUUCGAUUUUUGUUGGUCCAACCUCGCUCAAAGAAUUCAUUUUGCCAUGUAUCAUGCAAGCUCUUUAUGACGUUCAGGAAUUUGUUAUAGAUCAAGCUUUGAAUGGUCUAGUUGCACUGUCCAGCAAGCAAUUGGGAAUGGCUGACACUAGUUGUUUCUUGCUUGAUAUUCUGAAACCACAUUUGGCUCAAAGCAUAAUGAUUAUUACGGAAUAUUCGCUGCUUGAAAGCAUUACUCAACCAAUAGCACGUGAUACAUUUGAUCGAGCUAUUAAGCUUCUUAUGGAAGACCUUAGUGCUUCCUCUCGUCAACCUUUCCAAACUUUAAUAACACAAAAGUUGCCUCAGGUUUCACCCGAAGAGGUUGACAAAUUGGAGACCAUUUUACCGUACCUCUCUCAAGUGGCAACAGCCGUACUGUCAAAAUCUUGGGAAAAUAACAAUGAUGGCGAAAACCAAACCAACAUCGAUAGUGGUAGUGUGGUACAAUUGAAUCUUCCACUUUACACAUUUCACACCAAUAGAAAGUCCCUAUAUUAG